UAUAUCGAAUGUUUCGUGUGGAACAAAAUUGAAGUCUUUAAUUUGGCGAAUUCAUUCGUUUACUUUGCGUUUAUUUUUAGCCUUAGUACUUUCGUUUGAUACGUUUGCUACCAAGUAUUUAUAAAAGUUAAAAGGCAUUCAAAAAUUCAAUUUGCACAUUGCAAUUCCGAGUCAUCAACUAUCCAGAGUGAAUAAAGAAAAACCUACAUCACACCUACAAUCAUACGUGUUACGUGUACAUACAUAUGUCUUGGUUCCCAUCAUUAUCAACAGUUUAUUAAAAAUUUAAAACUGCGAGUCCUUCACCACCAAAAAUUACCUGAAAAUGAAUGGCAUGAGCAGUAAUGAUGACGCAGUCGAGUGCCCGUUGUGUAUGGAGCCGUUGGAGGUGGACGAUCUGACCUUCUUUCCCUGCACUUGCGGAUACCAGAUUUGCAGGUUUUGUUGGCACAGGAUCCGCACGGAUGAGAACAAGCUGUGUCCAGCAUGUCGAAAGGAAUAUCCAGAAAAUCCAGCGGACUUUAAGCCGUUAACACAGGAAGAAAUGAUUGCCUUCAAGUCCCAAAAACGCCAAAGGGACCAGCAACGAAAGCAAAAGAUCACCGAGAACCGAAAACAUUUGGCCAACGUUCGUGUGGUCCAAAAGAACUUGGUGUUUGUUGUGGGCCUGCCACCUCGACUUGCUGAUGCAGACAUACUAAAAAAACACGAGUAUUUUGGUAAAUAUGGGAAAAUUCAUAAAGUCGUUAUAAAUCCAAGUACCACGUAUGCCGGGGUCCAGGUAAGAGUUGGUCCAUCUGCCUCUGCCUAUGUCACGUAUGUUAACAACUCUGAUGCUUUGCGGGCCAUUCAAAGCGUCAACAACAUUAUGAUAGACGGGCGACUCAUAAAGACUAGUUUGGGGACAACCAAAUACUGCAGCCAUUUCAUGAAAAACCAGCAGUGUCCCAAGGGCGACUGUAUGUACUUACAUGAAUUGGGUGAUCCCGAGGCCAGUUUUACAAAGGAGGAAAUGCACCAGGGAAAACACCAGGAGUACGAGAAGCGCCUACACGAUACUCUUAUUGCCUCGUUCGGACCGAAUACAGCAGGUAUUAUAAAUGGUAACGGAGCUUCUAAAGCAAAUGCCGCGAUUCCAUCGUCCUCGUCAGCGUCAUCCUCGUCUUCUGGAUCGGGCACGAAUGCUUCGAGCGCAGCCAAUGGCCAACAAAAAGAAGCUUGGCCCAGUUUAUCGGUCUCGCCAAUCAACGGCAGGGAGGCGACUUCCAGUUCGAACAAUUCCAAUGGGAAGAGCAAACGGGAAAAGCUGCGCAACGAAAAGAGACACGAAAAGAACAAAUCGAAAAAUAAGAACAGCGGCAACUCGAACUCCAACGUCUCAAACAAGGAGAACUUUGUUCCCGAAUCCCGAUGCAGCACAAGUACUGAGACAUUCGCCGAGGCAACAGCGGAUGCGCCAACCUCCACAAAGGCUGAACCGCAGCAGAGUUCUAGCAAUCGAUCGAGGGCAGAUCGCGGAAAAGAUCGACCCUCGACUAGUGCAAAGGAGCCGAAGAAAGGCAAGGAACCUGUCUCGGCACCCGUGGCAAACAAACAGGUGGAGCGAAUUGAGCCGAGCGAAAGUACAAUAACACAAAAAAAGACGGAAGUAACCGAAAGCUGUGAAGACAAUUUACCACAAAAGAGAUUAGCGGGAACAAACGUUCAAAGAUCUGAGAGCUCCUGUAGCGAAAAUAGCGAAGGUCAUAUCUCGGAGAGUAGCUUAAGUGAAAAGAGUUUAACGGGUGAUUAUACUGAAGAGAAGUGCAAUAGUGUGAUUUCUGAAAGCCACCAAGAAAGUGUAAAGACUCAGGACGAUACCGAAAACAUCAUUGAGGCUAUUGCCGAGGCUGAACAUAGUCUAACAGGAUCUAAAUCCUCGGAGGACAUCAGCAAGGACGCUGCAAUGGCGCCUAGUAAUAGCACAGAUGCAGGUUGCUUGCCCGAAGAUUCAGCCGAAUCCUCGAGUCUGCCAGAGAGUGGAAGCCGAGUGAAUGAUGCGCUGUCUAAGCUCAACAUUUUUGAUGACCCGCCAAGCUUCUUUACAUCGUCAUCAUUCCAGCAAGCCCCCUUAAUAAAGAAUAAGCUAGAUUUGGAAAUGCGACAGUCUCAUUUACCAGACUUGGUCAACGAUAUUGAUGGAAUCCAAAAGGCAUCAAAUACAAACGAGUGGGAGGAAGCUUUCAAAAAUGUGAUGAUACGCAACACAAGGCAUGUGGAGGAGCAACUGCUUCAACAGCAACAUUUGCAACAGCAGCAGCAGCACCACCACCAGCAAGUUUUGCACCAACAAGAGGAGUUCCUUCGCAUGCACGAACUACAAAAACGCAACAACUUUGCGACUAAUCUUUCACAAAUUAACGGUCCUGCAAAUGAUUUCCUUAGCCAUUUCCAGGCUAAUUCACUCGAUUUAAAUAGAGUACAAGCACAUGCACUUCUGCAACAACAACUAUUACAACAACAGACAGGGGAAAAUCUGUUUGGCGGAAACAUGUCAAAGUUUUUCGAUUUUCAUAAAAGUCAGCAGCAGUCACAUCAUCAGUAUCUUAAUGGACACCCGCCUCAAAUGAAUGGAAAUAGUGCUGUGCCCGAGCCACAGCGAGUUGCGGCCUUCUUGGAAAACAAUCGACUGAAUUCGCCUUUUGUCGAAAAUGGACUUAUUAAUUCACAACAGCAACCUCAAAAGCAGAGGAUGAUGGGAAUGUUUGAAAAUUUGCCUUCAAACACGCAAUCUCAGCAGAGUCGGUUCACCCAAAACUCGAUAGUCGACGAUGACUUAGGUUUCGACCCCUUUAUUGAGACCCAAAAGGGACUUGCUGAACUUAUGGAAAAUGAAGUUGUUCAACAACAGAGUAUUAACAAUGAAAACCCCGGGCCGAAGCUGCCACCACAGCCCCAAGUUCCCCCCCAUCAGCAGCUGGUGGACAACAUGCAGCGCGCUCGUAUGCCGCCGCCGGGUUUCAAUCACAUGAACACAUUGGGACUGGGCGGAGCAUCCAGACUGCAGCACACGAGCAAAAUGAUGCCCUUCAUGAACAUGCCGGUUAACGGGGUGGGAAACAAUGGGCCCCAAGGCCAGCACCAGGUGCCGAUGGCUGCCAACUGGAAUGCUCAUUUGGCCAUGCACCAAAACCCAGGACAGCCCGUGGGCGACUCACAAUUGCACCAGAUGGCUCACAACAAGGUUUACAACAACAGUGAUUGGACUUCAAUGGAUCCGGCUAUACUUUCGUUCAGACAGUAUUCGUCUUUCCCACAAAACCAAAUUCCCCCACAUCCUCAACAACAACAGGAUAUGUUUUUGCAGCAUUUGGCUCAACAGCAAAAUUCCCAGAGUGGUUUCACUAAUCAGCCACAGCAACUGCUUCCUAUGGCGGCGAUGCCCAAUAAUUUGCUAAACGGACAACAACAGCCGCCACAGGUGAACGCCAAUGUUCAGGGCAUGCUUGAGUUUUUAAAAAGCCGUCAACAAUUCGUUUAGCUACAAUACAUAUAAAUAUUACAUUUGUUUACCUGUACUCUUUAUUAAAUAUUUCUUAAAGUAAAUAUAGGCAAAAUAAAAUUCGAAUAUAAUGAAACUA